AUGGCGAUGACUCCACCCGCUGCCGCCUCGCUCCUCCACCGCGCGCUCCUCCCCGGCGACGCCGCCGCACCCUCUUCCCGUCUUGCGCCGCGCGCUCGGGCCUCCGUCUCGGUGGCGCUGCUGCCGAGGAGACGGCGGUGCCGCGGCCCGCUCCAGCUCCAGUCGCUGCCACCCGAAGGAGCUCCGGCCGAGCUGAUGGACGAGGGCUCCAAGUUCGUGCCGCUGAACGCGGAGGAACGCAUGUACGGCCCGCCGGCGCUAUUGCUCAUCGGAUUUGAGAAAGGCGAAACAUACAAGGUAAUCACUACUCGGCCGGAGUGCUGCACAGAUUUCGGAUCUGGCCAUGGUCCUGCUCGUCCUUGGCUUUUGAGGUCUUGAUCCGGCAUCUCCAAACGCCGAUGUGUUUCUGUGUCGGCGGUGGUGGUGGCCAGUGGCCACUUGACCGAUGGCUGCUCCCUGUCGUGGAUGGCCGGUCAUGUGAAUUGUCGACGCCGGAAGCUGUGCAGCGAGAGCGCCGCGCUCGGUGCGUGGGGAGGUGCCCGACCUCCGAAUGGCUCGGCGAGGCUCUACGCCUCCACGUUCUCGCCGCACAUUGUGUGAGGCUCUGAAGCGGUGGAUGCCGAAAGCUGUGCAGCGAGAGCGCGCGCCCGAUGCAUAGCUCAGCGAAGCUCUUCGUUCGCCUCUUGCUCGCACAAUCCGGCCGCAACAAGGAUGGCCAUUGAGACGCCUCCGCUUUGUCGUCGAUUCGUCGUCUUCGUGCUUGGUUUCAUCAUCCCAUCCAUCCUCCCUAGUCUCUCUUUCCCCCCUUCGUCAUCUUUCUUCGGCUCUACUUAGCUCCUUUCUCUACUUUGGUUGUUGUCAUCGUGAUUCAGUGAAUUCUACUGCUGGCUUCUUUGCUUCAUCUUCGUCCUGUUUGCUUGGUUGACCUUGGUCGCAAUAUUCAAUGGCCCUUCCUCCUUUGGGGCUUCCUUCCCCCACAGGACGUUGGAGGGCAUUGAAUUGAGGGCAGCUUGAGAAGACAACUCCUCCUGGCUAGACACAGGUGAUCAUUGUCAACCACGGCUACAGAAUAGUGGUAUUUCGUUGGCUAUUUGUGAGUUGGAUGCCUUUGUGUCCUACGAGCAUUAGCGUUUGCGGUUUCUUCACCUGUCCAAAGCCGGGUUAGCAAGGCCUUAGAUCCCCUCUUCGAUCUCCUCAUUCUCUUUAGAUGACCCUCCCUCCUCCAAGGCUUCCUCCCCUUGGCGGCCAUCGGAGGCUGUCAACAAGAGUGGCGACCAGACAACUAGGGCGUGUGGAGGCGUCUCAUGCCCUGCUUAGAUGAAGAUUGGAGUUGAAAUUACAAAAGUUUACUGCAAAAUCGGCAAGCAAGUUGCAUGGUGGUGGUGCAGAUCGGCGAUCGGCAUCAUACUUUCGACAAUGGUGCAUAGACUCGGUUUGGGCUUUGGAUUUUUGAGUUGUAAGGGUUUUGUACCUCUAGAGGGACUUUUAUGUUUGUAGUUGUAUCCCUUGUCUCUACUCUCUACUCGGUAUGACAAGUCUAAUUCUAUGAUGCCUGUGCUUGGCACUUUUCGAUCAAUAUAAUAGUAGGUGGGACUUGGGAGCCUCUCCCCCCGAAUUGCUAGAAAAAAAUGCUUAUUAGUUUCUGCUUUAGGAAAUAAGAUGAUGCUCAGUAAAGUUAAAAGUCAUAAAUCAAAAGGCUUUUUUUAUUUUAUUUUGAUAGUAGGAAAGGUAGAUAGAUCUUUCCCAAUGAUCUAGCAACAUCCUUUUGCACAACUUGAGGCCCUUGUGCUUAUUAUAUGCUCUAAAAUUCAAAUUUGAAAAGAUCUGAAAACAUUCAUAAAUUUUGGUGGGUAAUGAAUGAUUUUUAUGAAAUUUCAUGAAUAUCAUCAAAAUAUUAAUCUCUAGUCAGAUUUCACCAAGCACACGGUGUUUAUAUAGUAGAAUCGAGUUUAGAUACUCUGUAUGUUCGAUUCAUACUUUUCUUGGAAAUCCUCAUAUGGCCAUGCAGGUAUCUGCCUAGAAAUUUGAGCAUUCAUUGUUCUAAAAAUUUGAAAGAAACAUAUCAUUGCGGUUUAGUAUCAUGAGCAGUAGUAAAUAGUACUUUUAUUGUGCUGCCGGUUUCAACUUAUGUGAAUUCCGUAACUUCUGCAGAUUCAAGCCUUCCUGAAAGAUCUUGAAGGUGAAUUCCUCAAGGCAAGUUCGGCAUCUGCUGUCAUUGAUAUCUAGCAAGGAUGUCUUUAUUGUCGCAGCUCUAGAUCCCUCGAUAUGCCUGUUGAUUAGAGCAAUAGCCGAAGUAUCCUUUUGCCGUUGAUAAGGAAUUAAUCUGCCUAAGUUGGAUAACAUAUUGCUAUAACAGAUAGAAAAUAGUUCUACUACAACCUAAAUGUUAUUACAGAAUUUACAGAAAUUGAAUGGAUAUACAUACUCUCCAAUAAGAAAAGAAAGGGAACUUAAAAUGAGCUACAACCAACUUCUGUGUAAUUCUUCUGUCUUUCAUGUUUGAGGAUAUAGAGUUAUGUCCUCCCUUUAUGCAUGCAGAAAGCAAAGAAUACGGAAUGAAGAGAAUCUCAAGUAGCAAAUGGGCUAAGCAGAAUGAUAAGGUACAUGAAGAAAAUUCAGGCAGCAUUGGACACACCUUGAAAUGAUAUCCUGAAAUGCCAGCUCCAAGUGUUAGGAUUAUCAACGUAUACCAGAUUACCAGGAACUCUUUUUAGUAUGUGUAGAACUGUAGGUACUGAUAGUGAACCUGCCUGAGCUCGAGAAGAAGACCAUUUUACCCUUGCCCAUGUGGUUAGGGAUGCUGGAGAUUAAAAAAGUUGACCGAAGGUAGAACAUAAUCACGCUCGUAUCCCUAUUGCCUUCAAGACUUGGAUAGGGCCGAAGGAGAAUGUCAUUAAUCUUUUUCCAUGCAAAAAAUAAUAGAGAGGUUGAUUGAUAUAUAUUUCAGACAGCAUUAGUUGUGGCA